AUGGGGGCUCAGUAUCUGUUAUUCCACUGCACCUACACCAUCCCGGUCGCAGCCCUACUAACGAUAUUCUACUACCCGUUCUUUACACGGAGAGACAUCUGCAAGAUCGCAUUUCUGAAUAUUCUAGCGGUAAUGGCCACAAUACCAUGGGACUCCUACCUGAUCCGCCACGGGAUCUGGUCCUACCCCCCGGACGCCACCUUCAACCGAACCUUCUACGACAUCCCGCUGGAGGAAGUUGCCUUCUUCGUCCUGCAGACCUCCAUCACGGGCUUGGUGUACUGCAUCUGCUCCAAAGCGUGGGUGCUGCCCAUGUACCUGCCCGUGCAGCCGGUGCGGCGGGCACGGGAUCUGGGGGGAGUGGGGAUGGUCGCGUCGUUUGCGAUCGGGAUGAUUUGUUUUGUAUCAGCGGGAGGAGGGACGUAUUUUGGGUUGAUUCUGAUUUGGGCUUUGCCGGUUGUUUUUCUUCAAUGGAUGCUGGUCGCCCCAUUCAUCCUCAGUCUUCCGUGGAAAGUGACCACCCUUCCAAUCGUCCUUCCGACCGUGUACUUGUGGGUCGCAGAUCGCAGCGCCAUGGCCGCGGGGGUGUGGUCGAUUGCACCCGCAACGCAAUUGGGGGUUCAUGUUUUCGGGCUGGAGAUUGAGGAAAUGCUCUUCUUCCUCGUGACGAACGUGAUGAUCGUAUUCGGCCUGGUUGGGUUCGACUACGCCUGCGCGAUGGCCGACUACACCACCAUCUGCACAGGUGUUGCGCCGGGCACGACGCGCGAUGCGGUGAAGGACGUCCUGCAGGCGAUGAUCCACCCCCCGGCCAUUCACGCCUCAGUGAUCACCGACCUCCAGCAGGCGGUCGCACGGCUGCACGAGAAGAGCCAGAGCAUGUUCGUGGGGAGUGCACUGUUCCAGGGCCCGGUGCGGGUGGAUUUGAUCUACGUAUACUCCUUCUGCCGCGUGAUCGACGAUCUCAUCGACGAAGCCGAAGACGCGGGGGAAGCACAGUUCUGGAUCGCAGAGUGCCAGCGGUGUCUGGACGCGCGGAUCCGCCCGAAGGAACAGGCACGCUGGGCGAGCCCUAAGCCCCCGUACGAUCAAACCAAGCAGGCCCUCCUGCACCGCGCAAUAGCUACCUUGCCGCUCUCCCGAAUGACCACGCAACCCCUCUACGACCUCCUCAAGGGUUUCGGAAUGGACCUUGCGUUCACCGCUCAGUCCACAGAAAAGUCCACGGAAAAGGACAGGGUCAUCUCCCCAAUAGCAACAGAACACGACCUCGACCGCUACGCGACCUACGUCGCCAGCACGGUCGCCGAGCUCGUCCUCGACCUCCUCCACCACCACUACAACCAAUCCCAGCUCUACAACCACAUCGCAAUGGCCCGCGCCGGCCGCGAGAUGGGCAAGGCGCUGCAGUGUGUCAACAUCGCGCGGGACAUCCACCGCGACGCGGCCAUCGGGCGCGUCUACAUCCCGACGACCUGGUUGGCCGAGGCCGGGCUCACCCCGGCGGAUAUCCUGGUGAAUCCCCGGUCGCCGGCGGCGUACGCGAUGCAGGCGAGGCUGCUGGACAAGGCGGAGGGGCUGUACGGUAAGGCGAGGGGGGCGAUUGAAGAGUUGCCGGCCGGGAUACGAGGGCCGGUGCGCACGACGGUGGAGAGCUAUAUGGAGAUUGGGCGGUAUCUGCGGGAACGGCGGGGGGAGAGUCUGCGGACGGCGCGGAAGAUGCGCUUGCCGGUGGGGAGGAGGCUGCGGGUGGCGUGGCUGGGGAUGUUGUAG